CGGUGUGACAUUCACAGACCGCUCGUAGAUUGAGCUCGGAGCAGCGUGCUGCCUGUACGUCGCCGGAUCAUAUAAUUGACAGGAUUCAGAGGGAUUUCUGGGCGAAUUUGAAGGCAGAGCGAUCGCCGUCAACCCAGGUGAGCAAGAUGCGUCAACGGCGGAGUUCAGAUGCGCUCUUUGUGGCCUUUUUGUUUCUUCUCGUAACAGUCCCAGUGCCAACAGUCUCAGUAGGAAAUCAAACAACAGCAACAAUGACUGGCGGACAAACCAACAACACAGGAGCACCAACCGAGGAUCCAGGAACAACCCAAAGUCCAACAAUAACCAACGAUCAAGGAGCAUCAACCAACGACACAGGAGCACCAACCGAGGAUCCAGGAACAUCCCCAACUCCAGGACCAACCAACACGCCAGGACCAACCCCAACUGCAGGACCAACUAACACUCCAGGAACACCUCCAACUCCAGGACCGACCAACACUCCAGGAACACCCCCAGCUCCAGCAACAACCAACGACCCAGGAACACCCCCAACUCCAGGACAAACCAACGACCCAGGAACACCCCCAACUGCAGGACCAACCAACACUCCAGGAACACCCCCAGCUCCAGCAACAACCAACGACCCAGGAACACCCCCAACUGCAGGACCAACCAACACUCCAGGAACACCCCCAGCUCCAGCAACAACCAACGACCCAGGAACACCCCCAACUCCAGGAACAACCAACACUCCAGGAACACCCCCAACUCCAGAACAAACCAACGCUCCAGGACCAACAGACACUCCAGGACCAACCAAUGCUCCAGGACAAACUAAUGUUCCAGGACAAACCAACGCUGCAGGACAAACUGACGCUCCAGGACAAACCGACGCUCCAGGACAAACCGACGCUCCAGGGCAAACCGACGCUCCAGGACAAACCGACGCUCCAGGACAAACCGAUGCUCCAGGACAAACCGACGCUCCAGGACAAACCGACGCUCCAGGACAAACCGACGCUCCAGGACAAACUGAUGCUCCAGGACAAACCGACGCUCCAGGACAAACCGACGUUCCAGGACAAACCGACGCUCCAGGACAAACCGACGCUCCAGGGCAAACCAAUGCUCCAGGAACAACCACAUGUGCAACACCAACUGUGAAUGUGCCGACAGUCGAUGGGCAGUGUUUAGCUGUUGGUGCAACCACACUUGAUGUGACUUGGACCGCUGUAACUGCCACCAAUGCUGGGGGUGCAAGCAUCGCCUGUACUGAUUCUGGAGGCGGAACUGGAGUGACGACCACUGGUGGCACCUUUGGGGCAGGAUCACACACAAUAACGUGCAGCGUUACCAAUUCUGGCGGUUGCUCUGGCUCCAAUACCUUCACAUUUCUCGUAGCAG